AUGCCACUGACUUGUUUCCAUUAUUUAAACUUGAACUGGAUCCAUGUUUACCAAAUAAGUCCGUGUCGGGUGUAAAUGGCAAGCUGUGGGAAUAUAUCUACCGAGGUCGUGAUACGGCGUUUAUAUUGAGCACUUUUGUUGGACAGGAUGCAACCAUACCAGUUUGUGUUACGUGGGGAUGUAUAGUGAAUCAGCUUACUUUAGAAUCACUUUAUACUGCUGACAGGUAUAAAUACUACACCAUGACACAUGCUGGAAUUUCAGACGUAGCUGAAGUUUUCGAUUUGAUUUUGAAGCAAUUUGGAUGGAACAAAGUAGGACUUAUAA